UGUUCUGCGUGCCAUACUGUCAUUCUUUGAACAUGCCGCUGCCCUCGUGCCUCGCGUCGUGCCAGCUGUGCUUGCCAAGCAUUGUAGUGCUGCAGAAAGCCGUUGUGCCAAUUAGAACUUUGUUGAACUCGCCAUUGCAUAUCUCGAGGGAGAAUAGAACUGAAAGGCUGGCCGAAGUACUGCCUGCCAAACCACACUGGCCUAGCUCCAAGAUCUAUAUCUGAAUCUUCAGAUAGUUGAGGUUCAGCCAUUGUUGAAGAACUCCCCGCCGACAUGAAUGUGAGGAGAGCGUCCUAGUGACAGCAACAAGUAGAACGAGGAUCGUGAACGAUAUCUUUCUCAACUGAAGCAAGAAAGAAGUAAGGUGCCUGAACCUCAUUGACAGGCUUCAAGAAAAUGGACUGCCUGUGGAUAUCCGCCAGCAGGGCGGUGAGAUGUGGGUGUCUUGCAAAGACAGUGAGAGGGGUUCGACAUCCCACAAAACACGGCCGGACUGCUACAAUGUGAUUUUGUUCGUCGUCAUAUUGAGUC